CUUAUGCGCGCUAGCAAAUGCAAACGCGUGGGCAAAACUCAUGCCGUGCGGACGCGCGCUCUCGCUGCAGUUUCCCCGUCUUCUCUUAACAAACAAACAAACUCUAAUCAACGUUAACGGGCUUCGCCGUGCUACGGUGAACAAGGCCACGAGCCGAAGAAAGGUUUGGAGUCUGUAGUUUUAAAUUCACCGCUUUUAAGGCGCUUCGGUGAGCGGGACGCGCGGUGCAGCAGUUUGGCGGGGUUUCUCCUCACAACAAACCCACAAACUUCAUCGUUCUACAGUCGGCUAAGAGGCUGCAGCACACCGAAGCCGAGCAAAAAGAAAGGCCGGAAACGAGUCGCUGUGGAGUAACACCGAGGCCUGCACCCAAAGCCUCCUCCUGAGCAACCCUCCAUCCCGAGCAUUCGAGCGGCCGCCCUGGACUACCGCCGUUAAGCCCUCACCUCCCCUACCGCCGGCACCGGUCGUCACCACCCUUCUGAACACUACUCUGUGUUGGCUGCACGUGAGGACACGUGCGUGCUCGAAUUCGCCCAGCCGGCCUUCCUUGCAGACCCUGCAUUCGCCUCGCUACCCGCCUAUGGAAGGCACGGCACCAGGCAACAUGGGUUGCGUCGACGACUUCGAUCGUGUCUGGCAGGGGGGCGUUGGCCUCCUGGACAUGAUGGAUCAGAUGUAUAACAUGAUCAAUCCGGACUUGGAGUCGUCGCCGUUUGACAACUUACCGAUGCCCGACUCCGAAUCGGCGCUGCUGGACCUGCAGCCGCCGUGCGAGCUGCCCGCUUGCCCAACGUUCAACGCGCCGAUCGCCGGCCCUUCCAUCCCCUCCACCGAUGACUACCCGGGCAGCCUCAGUUUCCACUUGUCCUGGCAGCAGUGCAGCAUCGCCAAGUCGGCCACAUGGACGUACUCGCCCGACCUCAACAAGCUGUACUGCCAGAUCGGCAAGACUUGCCCGGUGCAGCUGCGCGUGGCGACCCCGGUGCCGUCCGGUUGCGCAGUGCGUGCCAUGCCCGUGUACAAGAAGGCCGACCACCUGACCGAGGUGGUUAAGCGGUGCCCCAACCACGAGAUCUCCAAGGAGUUCAACGACGGAAACAACCUGGCCCCGCCAAGCCACCUCAUCCGGGUGGAGGGCAGCGUCCAGGCCGACUACGUGGACGACCAGAACACAGGCCGCCAGAGCGUGCGUUUGCCUUACGAGCCCCCGCAGGUGGGCACCGACUUCAGCACGGUGCUGCUCAAUUUCAUGUGCAACAGCAGCUGCGUGGGUGGCAUGAACCGCCGCCCCAUCUCCGUCAUCAUCACUCUUGAAGCCAGCGAUGGCCAGGUGUUGGGCCGCCGCUCCUUUGAGGCCAGAAUCUGCGCUUGCCCCGGGCGCGAUCGCAAGUCGGACGAGGAGAACUUGCGCAAGCAGGAGCGUGAGCAGGAGCGUGAGCAACAGGGGCCCGCGCGGGUGACGCCGCCGCCGCCCCCGCCGCCGCUGGCUGUGAACGGCGGGAUCAGGAGCAGCCUGGUGCUGCCUGCGUCCGGUCAAAUCACGCUGAGCUCGGACAGCGAGGGCCCCUCCGUACGCGUCUUCACUGGGAAGAGACUUCGGAAGGCGCAUUACCUCGCCACGAAGCGUUCUCGUCCAGACGAAAAGGAAGAACUGUUUCUCAUCCCGGUGCGCGGUCGUGAGAACUACGAGCUGCUGCUACAUUUGAAGGAGAGCCUGGAAAUGAAGCAGUUGGUGCCACAGCAAGCCAUGGAGACGUACCGCCAGCAGCAGCUGCACCAGCAGCAACAGCUCGUGCCAAGGAUCAUGAAGGCACUUGUGAAAAAGGAGCAUAUGGAUAAGAAAGAAGAUAAGAGUCCUCCAGAGAAGUAACAAGCUUAUUUUAAACUAAAUAAAUUGCUGGUGCAAAUUUAUUUUUUAAUUGCGCCAAAGGAGGAGGGGUACAGAUGACUAAUUGCGUCAGAGUACAUGCGUGUUGUGCAUGUAAUUUUUAGUGACGUUUUGUACAAUCACUUGAUAAAAUCUGUACGUCACCACUUGUUUGAGUGACGCUGCGUCGCAUUAAAAAUCAUUGGGGUCUCCCUGUUUUUUAUAAGAUCAGAAUUAUGACAUCGCAAUGUGGUUUUCUUGCAAAAUUGUUUUGUGUAGAUGUUUUAGUGCGUUCAAUGAUAUAGACAUGGCGGUGCCACUGUGUGUGGGGAAACUCUAUCUGAUUCGUCCAUCACACUUGAUCAAUGUUAUCUCAGAACAGUGUUUACUGUACGUACAGUUAUGAGCAGCAACAGCCACAAGAGGUAGUCCCUCGUGCCUAGUGCCAGCGUCGGAAGAAAAUAUAGCAGUUUUGGGUACGGUGUCGUCCGACCGUGAUCCAGCUGCCCCUCAUGUUGGGAGGGGGGGGGGGGGGUUGGUGUAUCGCUUUAAGAUGGGAGCGAUGCUCCCCCCAAGUGUCAAUGCUUGCCAGACAUUGCCUCGUCUUGAAGCCAGCAGGGUAUAUAGCCAUGCUGCAUAGCAGCUGUAUGGACCGACCACACGUGCAAAAAGUUAAUCCAUGUAUCGAACAACAGCAAAAACUUGAUGGAUGAUUUGCAAUUUGUGGUAAGGCACUCUGGUUUUCCUCUGAGAAUUGUGAUCACAGCCAGAGGCUACUGGAGCCUUGUGCAACGUUUAAGAGACUUGACCUGAGCCUGGAGUUGUGGGGAACAGUUUCAUCAACCCCAACUUUGUGUUACCUCACUGAGCCUCAAGUGUGAGCAGAAUGCAAGGCAGAAGAGCGUUAUCGAGGCCUUGGUGUACGUACGGGCACGGAUGUGCUGUACGGUUGGUUUUAAGUAGUGGAUGUUUUUUUCAAGGUGGUUAUGGGGGUUAACGCGCUUUUGUGCUGCGUGGUCUGAGUUUGCCUGCCUGCAAAAAGCAGCCUCCAGAAGUGUUUGCAGAAGGAGACGAUCGUAUAAUAUAUAAAAAAACACCUUGAAAACGCAGUGUUCCGCAACUAAUUACACUUGUGCUGUGUUUAUGUUUAAUUGGUAACGGAGCAUUCCAUUUUUUUUUCUCUGAAAGGUGAGCCUAUGUGUUACCACCGAAGAGGGCUUUUUUAUGUUUUAUAUUAACUUUUAGCUUUGUUACAAGAUGUUUGUAGUAGUUUUUUCGUAGUUUCGAAAUACUGUUUCGUAGCUGUUAUUUUGUACAUGGUAAGAAUUAGUCCUUAGGAAUUUCUGAUUACUGUUUUGAAACAGACAUUUCUUAGACUCCGCCGGUUGUUUUUCUGAUGUGUUUUUUACUCUGCCAAACCGCUGCUUCUGCCAUUUGAAGUACACAGUACCAUACAUUACAAACGAUACGGGUGCAUUUCCUCACUUUUCACACAUCACUGCCAUUUUUCUACUGAAUCCCAUUGAAGUCAAGCAAAUAUGUACUUUCCAUUUAAGUGCAUGCUUGUGUGGCAGGUCCACAGCUUUUGUAGCAAGUAAAUUAUGCCUCCACAGCAUUUUUAUUUCACUUGAAUCGUUUCAUUUAUGUUGAAAGCUGUUUUGUCAUCCUGGGCCUAUUGAAUCCACAAAUGUAUUUAGUCUUCGGAUAUAUUCAUAUAAUAUACCGAUGUAGGUUUUAAAAGUUUUAAAUAUUAGUAAAAUAAAAUAUAGGAAACCAGAACACAUUGUUUUCUAUGUUUAAUGUCUUCCCAUUGCCAAUGUGUUGGAUGGUGCAUCGUUAAGAAUCCAGGUUUUUUUUUAUACUUGCAUGGAUUAAUGCUGCUUAGAUUGACACGAAAUUGACGUUAACAUGCUUUUUUGCUUUCAGCU